AUGGCAAAGAGAAAGAAAGCUGUUAACCAAAGACUAAAGCGUGAAACUGAGAAACUUAAAAAGAGGCAGAAGAGACAGAAACCUGCACCAACCGAUGCACCACCAGACUUGUCUAAUUUCUCUGUUCCUUGCGGAACAGAGGAGGAAGCUGUUUCAGCUUCUCCCGGUAACUUUCCGGGGCUUGGUUCUAUGGGGUUUCCAUCUAGAGAGAAAAAACCCCUGGCCAGGGUGCAGGCCUCGCCUCGAGUGAAAAUGCAUUCACCUGCCCCGAGGUUGCCAUCUCCUCGGGGAAGUCGUCUGUUUGUCCGUGACGAGGGCAAGGCACCGUCCCCUGACUCCCCACCGUGGGUUUGUGCUCCACCGAGGGCACCUGGACUGGACACCGUGCACGUGUCCGGACCAGCAGUGGAACAAGACAUCAGUAACAUAUCUAGAACAACUGACCUACCAGUAAAAACCUCAAUUGAGGAGUGCGAUGAAAAUGAUGAUCUGGUUUUCAUCAGACAUGAAGAAUCAAAUUUUGAUUUCAUACCACUGAGUCCAGAAUCUAAAGAAAACAUCUGCCAUGAUUUGAAUAUUCCGUAUAUAACCACAACAGAUGCAAAUGAAAUGUAUUCAAGAAUGAAUUUGACAAAACCAAUGUUUGAAAAGAAAAUAGCAGGAGAUGGAAACUGCUUUUUCAGGGCUAUAUCAUUUAGUCUUACGAACUCUGAGGAUUUUCACGGUAUAAUUCGUAAUGCUGUCUGUGUGCAUAUGAUGGAAAACGAAGAACUUUUUAACCCAUUCUUAAAUGAUGGCGUGCAGACUGUCCAAAGUCACCUUUCUUCUACUGAAAUGUCAAAACUAGGUACAUGGGCUACCGAAGUUGAAAUUUUUGCUACAGCUCAUUUACUGAACAUUGAUAUCUACACAUAUUCUAGUGGAUGCUGGUUAAAAUUUGCGGCUGAUGACGUUCAGUUUUCUACUGAAACUAGAUCUGGAGCAGUCUAUCUGAAUCACCACCACCAAAAUCAUUAUAAUGUAAUACUUUCUGUUGAUGGUCAGGAACUGCAAGGAGAAUGUAAGCGAAAUUGUAAACAUUCAAAAAACGAGUACGAAAGGAGAUUUCGAAACAGAACUCGUAUGCAGAGAAAGAGGCUGUCAUCAAGAAAAACACAAGACAGUUUGAGUCCUGAACUUAAAAAGAAACAGCAGUUAAGAUCCAAGUACCAGAAAAAUGAGGGUUAUAGAGAAAAAAAGCGAAAAACAACACAUGCAAGAUACUUAAACAACGAAACAUACCAAGCUGAGACAAGACUAAGAAGCAAACAGAGAUAUCAUGAUGAUAUUGAAUAUCAAACAAGAACUAAAGAAAGAAACAAGAAAGUAUAUACAUCAGACCAAGGUCGAAGGGAAAGUUUGAAGAUGAAUAAUAUUGAAAAGUACAGAAAUGAUGAUCAGCAUAGGAAUAAUCUAAAAAAAAAAAGGAUUGAGAAAUAUGCAACUGACGACCAUCACAGGAAAAUUGUUAGAAUGAGAAGUGUUCAAAAAUAUAAGAUGAAUGCAGAACACAGAGACAACGUUAAAGCAAAGAGCAAACUAAAAUAUGAUUCAAAUGCAGAACACAGAGACAACGUUAAAGCAAAGAGCAAACUAAAAUAUGAUUCAAAUGCAGAACACAGAGACAACGUUAAAGCAAAGAGCAAACUAAAAUAUGAUUCAAAUGCAGAACACAGAGACAACGUUAAAGCAAAGAGCAAACUAAAAUAUAAUUCAAAUGAACAGCAUAGAGUUAAAGUCAAUGCUUCAAGUACAAAGAGAUACAGAGAAAAUGCAGAAUUCAGAGAAUCCAAGCUUCUUGCAGCAGCUGCAAAAUAUAAAAGUGAUGAAUCCUUCAAGUCAAAGGUAAAAGACAGUAGUAGAAAACAUUAUGCUUCAAAUGAAACAAACCAAUCAUUGAAGAAAGAUAGAGUUAGAGGUCUGAGAGUAGCUCAACAAGCACAACUGGAAAAUUCAGAUGAGGUUGUUAAACUAUUUAAAGCAAAGGCAAAGCAAGGUAACAGGAAAAUUCUAACUGGAAAGAUCCCAGCAGAAGCAGCAUAUAACAAUCUAUCACUUGAAGAUAUUCCAAAGGAAUUGAACAAUUUAAACAGCCUUGAAAAACACUUAAUAGCAAUACACAUACCUUUUAUGAAAGUAAUGGCUCUUCCACAUGGUGGGCAACAAAAUAUCCAUGGACCAGUUUUCGUCGAACCAAAACACAUAUUUGAGGCAUUGAAUUUCCUGAAACUGAACAAUCAGUGGUAUAAAGAUAUUUCAAUAGACACAAAUUGGAAGGGAAAUUUUGGAGAUUGUGAGGACAUUCCAAGCAAUGCCGACUUAUCAUCGGAAGAUAAUGUUCAGAACAUAUCGACAGAUACAUGCUUGCAGCCUGUUGAUAUUGCUCAGGAAGUGCUCGAUCAUUACUUCGAUGAUAUUUAUAAUAUUGCUCCAGGAGAAGGCAAUAACCCUGUGAAGAUGUUACAAGAACCAGGUAAUGAGGCAAAGACAUUUCCAUACCUUUUCCCGAGUGGACGCUUUACAUGGAAUGAUGCAAGAGACACAAGAAUAACGCUAUCAAGAUACUUCAACAAUCGCCUUAUGAAUACUGACGAUCGAUUUGCAAAAGACAGCAAUUAUGUUUUCUUCAGUCAGUUUUUGUCUGAUUUAAAUCAGGUUAUCGAAAAAACUCAAAUAUCAAUAAGGAAAUCGGUCAAAAGAAUUGGAAGUGACGAGAAAGUGACAGCAAAUAUGGUGAAAAGCCCUGAAGUACUUUCCAAAUUAAUGAAAACUGAUGAGGCUUUGCGAUUCAUGCAGCCAAUACGUGGAACACCUUCUUAUUGGUCAGCUGCACAAAAGGAUCUCUUUGCUAUGCUUCGACAAUUAGGAAUACCUACAUGGUUUUGUUCGUUUUCUGCUGCAGAACAUAGAUGGAAUGAUGCAGUUGCUACAAUAUUAAGGCAGCAAAAUGAUAACCGCGAUCCUUCUAUGUUAGACUGGUCUGAAAAGAAUGAAGUGCUAAGAAGCAAUCCUGUGACAGUUGCUAGGAUGUUUGAACAUAGAUUUCAUAUAUUUCAAACUGAGGUAAUAUUUUCACCAUCCGAACCAAUUGGGAAAGUAUCAGAUUAUUUCCAAAGAGUUGAAUUUCAGCAAAGAGGGUCGCCACACAUGCAUUGCCUGUAUUGGAUAGAAAAUGCUCCAAAACUUGAUGAAGACGGAGAGGAAGCUGUAUGCGAUUUCAUUGACAAAUAUGUUAGUUGUGCAGUUCCAUCUGAAAAUGAAGAUGUAGAGCUAAGAGAUGUAGUACUGGCUGUACAACAACACAGCAAGAAACAUUCCAAAUCAUGCAGGAAAAAAGGCACAGAGUGUAGGUUUAACUUUCCUAGGCCACCUUCUGUACGCACGUUUAUCAAUUCUCCAAACGAGGAAGAUGAUAAUCAAGAUACGAAUGAUUUAUCAGACAAUCAAUCAAAAGCUAAAGAGGUGCUAUUAAAAGUAUGGAACAAAGUGCAAGAUGAACCAAAUGAAUCGGAAAGUACUGAGGAUAUAUUUGAAAGUCUCAAUUUGACACAGUCACAGUAUGAGGAAGCACAUAGAUUAUUAGCCAAAAAGAGAUCAGUUGUUCUCAAAAGAAAUCCACAUGAGCUAUGGAUCAAUCAGUUUAACCCCUGCCUAUUAAAAUGUUGGGAUGCAAAUAUGGAUAUUCAGUUUGUCCUAGAUCCAUUUAGUUGCAUUGUAUACAUCAUUUCCUACAUUUCGAAGUCUGAAAGGGAAAUGGGAAUGGUGUUGAAACAAACCAAAAUAGAGGCAGAAGAGGGAAAUGAAAGUGCUCGUACAACUCUGAAAAAAAUUGGCUCUGCAUAUUUAAAUCAUAGAGAAGUAAGCGCACAGGAAGCUGUCUAUCGGGUAUGCAACUUAAAAAUGAAGGAAUGCUCAAGGAAAAUUGUUUUUAUACCAGUGGGUGACAAUCCAACCAGGCUGACUAAACCAUUGUCCCAACUUAAAAAAAGGAACAAAAAAGAAGAACAUGAUGAUUUUGAAGAUGACAAUGAUGAAGAUGAUAUUUGGAUGACAAAUAUAAUAGAAAGGUACCUAAAUCGGCCAAAGAAAACAAUGUUUGAGAAUAUGUGUCUGGCAGAAUUUUCUUCAGAAUUCAGAGUGCUUGCUAAAUCACAGGUUCCUAAAUCUGAAAAUGAAAAUGUAUUUGAACUGCAGAACUCAAAAGGGUUUAUUCAAAGGAGAACACGCACAAAGCCAGCUAUAAUUAAGUACCCACGAUAUAAUGUAAAGCAAAUGCCAGAGAAGUACUAUCAAAGUAUAAUUCAGCUGUUCUUGCCAUACUGGACAGAUAAUCAAUUGAAACCUCCAGGAUUUGAUCUCUAUGAAGACUUUUACGAAAAUGGACACGUACGAAUCAAAGGAAGCCAGAUCGUGCAAUCAGUGAAAUCAAUUGUCGAUUCAAACAAAUCACAGUAUGCUCAAAAUGAAGAUUUGAUUGCAGAGGCACAAGAAACUUUCGAAAAUAUUGGAGAACCAGAAGAUGCAUGGGCACAUCUUUGCCCGGAGACAGAAUUAGUGAGACGAGAAUGCGCUUCUGCAAAAAAUGAACCUACGGAUUUGAAUGUUCCAGAGGAACUUCCAGACAUGCAAAAUGAUAACAAUGUCGAUGUACUAUACAGAGUUGAACAGAACACACAAUCCAAAGAUGAAAUGCUACACAUCCUUCGAAAUUUAAAUUUGACGCAAACGAAGGUAUUUUAUAUUAUACGAGAGUGGUGUUUGAAAAAGAUCUUUGGGGAAAAACCUGAUCCGCUGCAUGUUUUUAUAACGGGUGGAGCAGGAACAGGCAAAAGUCACCUUAUCAAAGCCAUACACUAUGAGGCUUCUCGAAUUCUUGGUAAAAAUUUGACAACACCGGACAGUGUUUCAGUGCUUCUUACUGCUUUUACUGGGACAGCUGCAUUUAACAUCGGAGGGAGUACUAUUCACCAUUUAUUUUCAUUACCGAAAUGUAUGCGAUUGCCGUAUGAACCACUAGGAGAACAAACUCUGAGUGAAAUGCGUGUUCAGCUCGGGGAUAUGCAAAUCCUAGUUAUUGAUGAAGUUUCAAUGGUGUAUAAAAAGCUGUUAUUCUAUAUUCAUGAAAGGCUUGUUCAAAUUAAAAAAUGCAAGGACCCAUUUGGAGGAGUGUCAGUAAUUGCCGUGGGUGAUUUUUACCAACUUCCUCCAGUUAAGCAACGCAAAGAUGAAAGACUUUACAAAGACAACCCUUUAUAUCCUGUUGACUACUGGGUUUAUCUUUUCAAAGUAGUGGAAUUCGACGAAAUAAUGAGACAGCGUGAAGAUAUUCCGUUUGCAACAGCACUAAAUUCCCUACGGACACGAGUAUCAAAAGAACCACUGUCAGAAGAAACAAAUUCAAUCCUAAAUGACUGUGAAAGGGAAGGUCCAGAUGAUGUCCUUCAUGUCUAUUCAACAAACGAUGAAGUCAAUGACUUUAACUUGAAAAUGAUAAAGAAAACCUGCAAGGACCUCAUUGAAAUUGAUGCUCAAGAUUUUACCAAAGAUAGAUCGACUGGCAAGCUAUUCUUAAGAGAUAAACCAAUGACAAAGCCUGGAACAAGCACUCUGUCAAGCAGUUUGUUAUUAGGAGUCGGUGCAAGAGUGAUGCUAACAAGAAACUGUGAUGUAGGUGACGGGCUUGUAAACGGAGUUAUGGGCUAUGUAUCCCAUUUUGUAUAUGGACGCAAUAAUGUAGCAAACAAUGUUGUUGCAAUAGGAGUGAUAUUUGACAAUAUAAACGUUGGAAACAAAUCUGGAAAAAAAACUAGAAAUGGGAACAAUGUUUUGAUUGAAAGGAUUCAAGAGGAAAUAUUGGACCAAAAAACAAAGAAUGUUGUUAGACAUCAGUUUCCAUUGCGAUUAUCUUGGGCAUGUACAUCUCACAAAGUGCAAGGAAUGACAGUUGACAAAGUUGUUGUUAAUUUAGACCGCACAUUUUCUCCUGGACAAGGAUAUGUUGCAUUGAGCAGAGUUACAUCAAAAGCAGGAUUGUUCAUUGAAUCAAACGAUCAGGAAAUGUUUAAGAAAAAAAUAUACGCUGACCCAGAAGUAAAAGCAGCUUUGCAAGAGAUGCCUAGAUUAAUACAACCAACCUUCGAUAUCCCUAAAGAGAGCAUCACAAUUUUCGUUCACAAUAUUCAGAGCCUCAAUAAACAUUUCGAGGAUUUGAAAAAGGAUAGUCGAUGUACGAAUGCGGAUAUCAUAUGUCUAACAGAGACAUGGAUGAAAUCAGGACAAAAUGUAAGAAUUUUCGAAAUAAAUGGCUUUAGUUUUCACCACACAGCUAGAGAAGAUGCAUAUGACGAUACCAAUGCUCAAGUGUUUCAACUGCAAUCAGCAAAAGGUGGCGGUGUAGCUGUUUACAUGAAAGAAACAGGUCCUGAAAAAAAUGUUCUUGCGGUCCCGGAAAAGAAUGUGGAAUGUUUAAGUAUAAAAUAUGUUUUGGAAGACAUAAUAGUUCUAACUGUUUAUCGCCCAAACACUUUAAAUGUUACCCAAUUUCUGUUAAAACUUGAAAAGCUCAUUGAAUAUUACAAGACUCAGAGUAGUUAUGUUGUCUGUCUUGGUGACUUCAAUGAGGAUGCACGAUCUUCAGGCCCUGUUCAAACAUUUAUGAGAAGGAAAGGUUUUAUCCAAAUAGUGGAUUUCAGUACGACAGAAGGUGCAACUAUUCUGGACCAUGUAUAUAUGUCAACAUCAAUGCAGGCAAAUGUCGAAAAAAUACCUACGUACUACAGUUACCACGACGCAUUAAUUGUGAAAAUCGAGAAGAAGAAAUAG